UUAAGCCUUCGCGACAGGGGAGGAGGAUCUGAAGUUCUGGGUCGAGUUGAUAGUUAAAGCUUUGGAAAUUCAAACUUGCUUCUGAAAUGUGUUCUGCUUUGGUUUAAGUGGCCGGGACAAAGGACACAGUCUUGUUAGUGCAGCAACAAAGCUUCGCAAACAUCUCCCUUUUGACGUGAAUCGGCUCUAGAGGCAGAGCGAUCUUGUCCGAGAUCUGAGGGGCUGCAAGAGGGGCGCGCCAUGUUUGCCCCUCGCUGGAGCGGGAGUCUUGGCCGCCUUGUGCUCCCUCAGGUGCACGUGCGGGCGGGCGAGGCCGCCAGGAGCUGGACCUGUCGAGCUGGCCGGUCCCGGCCCUAUGGCUCAGAAGGAGGCCAGCGCCCACCCGGGGUGGAACCCGGGGUGCAUCCCCCCGGCCUCGCGCGCCAGACUCUCCGGGAGUGGACGCUGCCCGUGUCCCCGUUCGGUCAGCUGCGGGCGCGGCUCCCUUGCCACUUGUCCCUCAGUCCCUUGGACCCCCUCACUUACCCGGACGGAGACCGCGUGUUGGUGACGGUGAGCGGCGGAGAAGGCGGGGAAUCGGAUCUGACCGGCCUGCAGGUGAAGUACGAUGAGGCGCUGAAGGAGGUGACCAUCCUGUCUGACAUCAUCGACCCGCAGGCGUCGGUGGAAGUGCACGCUCCCCUGAAGUUUGAUUUGAAUAUCAGAUCAUCAGGACCUGGCUGCAUAAAAGUUCAAAAUCUUGAGUGUGAUAAUUGCAAAGUUGAAACUGAGCAGGGGAACAGCAUCUUACAGUCUAUUAAGAGUCAAAAAUUAAAUGUGCAAACAAAAGGAGGCAAUGUGACCUGUCUGGGAACAAUUUACGGAGACAUAGAUAUUCAUGCAUCAAAGAAAAGUAUUGUGACUGUAGAUAAACUACAGGGAAGUUCUGUUAAUAUAUCUACUGAAAAUGGUUUGCUGAAAGCCAGAUAUCUUUAUACAGAAUCAUCGUUUCUGUCUUCUACUACUGGUGAUAUUUCAUUGGGAAGUGUGCAUGGUAAUAUAACUGUAAAGAGCAGCAUGGGUAACAUCACAGUAGAUUCAUCUUCUGGAUGUCUAGAAGCCUUAACUCAUCAGGGUGCCAUAGAUGUUUAUGUCAGCCAACUGGGGAAAGUAGAACUGAAAUCCCAUACAGGCUCUAUUCUUGUCAAGGUUGCAUCUUCUCUUCAGGCUCACUUACAGUUAUCAGCAAAAGAGGUUGAUGUGAACUCAGAAAUCCAUAUUCAAGAAAUGGAUGAAGUUCAUAAAGAUGAUGGCAUAACAGUUACUGGGCAAAUGAAUCAAGCAAACAAGCAUGAAAAAUGGAUUAAAGCUGAUGCCCCAAAAGGCACUAUUAACUUUAGAAGUCAAAGCUGGUUUCAGUCCCUGAAACUGCAGGACUAAAACUAGUUUGAAAUGUAUUUACAGUUUUAAAUACUGGAGCAGAUUUAUGACUACAAAAGUACAAGAACCAAACUUCAAAUAAAAAUUGAAAAGAAUACUGGUGAUUAUCGAGUCAGAAUGUGGAGUUUUUCAAGAUUUGCACUUAGCUUUUGUAUCAGAUUUCUUUUGCUAUAUUCUAAACUGAAAUUUACACUCUUCAAAGUAGAAAACCCUUUUACAAGUACGAUUCUGUAAGUCGAGAGUCCUGCUUGGCUAUGUUUAUUCAGAUUAUUCACAAAACUGUACUAAAGACAUUGGCUGGGCUGAGUUAUUUUGUGAUUGCUUUGAAGAAAAUCCUAUGUCAGAGACCACCUCUGUUGUUGGCAAAACCCAUAAUCUAUGUCUAUGUGAGUGAAGACUCUUCUUUCACUGAGUGAGCCAUUGAGCUAAGCUUAGAGAGACCAACCUUCUCAUAUGACCCUCUAUCUUCAAGGAAACAGUUACAUAUUCUGUUCUUCACAUAUUGUGAAUGUCUGACAUCUUCUGCAGCCAACUAGAUUUAAAAGAUCUCAUUUAAUUAGAUCAGGCCUCCUCAAGAUAAUCUGUUUUGCUAUUGAAUAUAAUGCAGUCGUAGAAGUGAUAGUCUCAUAACUAGUUCUCAUCCACACCCAAGAGGAGGAGAUUACUCAAAGGCAUAGGUAAGGGAGCCAGUAUCUUAGCAUUCUUUAUACAUAACUCCCAUGUAACAUGUUUUCUGUUUAAUUCUUAUAGCAUCAGUAUAAAAUUAAGUUGUGAAUAAAGCACACUGAAUGAGAUCAAAGUCAUAUUACUGACUCUUUUUUUCACAUUUUUCUCUUUAUUAGGGGAUUCAUGUUUUACAAUUGACAGUAAAUACAAUAGUUUGUACAUGCAUAACAUUUCCCAUUUUUCUCACAUACAAUACAACCCCCACUAGGUCCUCUGCCAUCAUGUUCCAGGACCUGACCCCCCCCCCACGCACCCCAUAGUCUUUUACUUUGGUUCAAUACAACAACUUCAUUCCAAGUUUUGCUUAGUGUUUUCUCUUCUGAUUUUGUUUUUCAACUUCUGCCUCUGAGAUCAUCCCAUAUUCAUCUUUCUAUUUCUGACUUAUCUCACUUAACAUGAUUCCUUCAAGCUCCAUCCAAGAUGAAGUAAAGAAAGUAGGUGAAUUCACUAUUUUUUAUAGCUGAGUAGUAUUCCAUUGUGUAUAUAGACUCCAACUUGCUCAGCCAAAUUGUUGGACAUCUGGGUUGUUUCCAGGUUUUGGAUUUAUUACAAAUAGUAAUAAAUUUAUUACAAAUUGUGCUGCUAUGAACACAGGUAUGCACAGAUCUUUUUGGAUGGGUAUGUUUGGUUCCUUAGGAUACAUCCCCAGGAGAGGAAUUGCAGGGUCAUAGGGUAGGUCCAUUUCUAGCCUUCUGAGAGUUCUCUAUAGACUACUCUCCACAGGAGUUGGACCAACUGACAUUCCCACCAGCAGUGCAGGAGGGUUCCUUUGUCCCCACAACCUCUCUAUUUGUUGAUGCUACUUUUUCUGAUGUAUGACAUUCUCACAGUGAAGUGGUACCUCAUUGUCUUUAUUUGCAUUUCUUUGACAAAUCAAUGACUUGGAGCAUUUUUUCAUGUUUCUUGCCUUUGAGAUUUCUUAUUCGGUGAGUAUUCUGUCCAUGUCCACUCCACAUUUUUGGAUGAGGUCAUUUGUUUUCUUGUUGUUGAAUUUGGCGAGCUCUUUAUAUAUUUUGGUUAUUAAACUCUUGUUUGAUGUAUGGCAUGUAAAGAUCCCACUUUAACUCAGUUUUGAAGCAAGCAAAUAAAAUACUGUUUGGUUUCCAGA